AUGACAAUUUGCUUUAAAGAGCCAGGACCAGAUUGUGGGCCAAGUGGCAGGACUUACUGUCCCAGUACUGGUAGCGAUGUCACGGCAAAUGUCAUUACGGAGAUUGAACUUACCAGAGCUGCGGUCGUGAUAGCCCAUGCUGUAGUUAAUCCCCUGCGGGCAGAUUUAGAUGUAGAUCGGUUUGCAGAUAGUGCCAAGGCAUCCCACCCAUCGCAUGCUGACAGCCAGAGACAUAAGCUAGCAAAAUAUUUCCACUGUCCUUCAUUCGGUUUAAUAUCAGAGCCGGCAACAUUUGUUGACAGGCACGGAAGGAUUCUCGCUUGGUAUUUGCCAGAAAUCAUGGUGCCUGAUAGAAUGGAUCGUGUCAACCAGUCCAUCAAAUUGCUGAGACCUGCCUUAGAUCAGUCUUUGCCCAAGCCAACUCAGAAGGCAAAGCAGCCUUGGCGUUCUCAAGGAUUUGUCAUGCCUUCAGGUGGGGGAGAGUUUGGAGUAGGAAGGGUGACCUUAUGCCCCGGAGGAUUCAUGCAACGUCAUGAGCGGCUUCAGGAUGACUUGUACCAAUCAGGCACUCUUUCUUUACCUGCGGUCCGAGAGUGGUUGUCCGAAAUAACGGUAGCUGAACAUUUGUGGUCCGCUAUCACCAGUGUUAUUGCGCCAGAUCAAUAUCAGGCCGGCGUGGAAUCAGUUGCUAAUAUGAAGGAUAUGGUUCGUACUUCGGAUCCCAUUGUCUGGCCCUCAGAGUUUUCUGGAUUGGAAGUUAUCGUCAAUCGAGAGACCCCAAGUCAUCGAGACCCUGGAGCGUCGCCUUCAUUUUAUGACCUUUUGGUGAGCCUUGGCAAAGCUCACCAUGCCAUACUAGCUCUGCCAGAUCUGGGUGCUGAGCUAGCAUAUCCCCCUUGUUACGCACUCAAAUAG